UCUUAAAUUGUCCAUAAAAAAAGCAUUCAAUUCCCAUUUCCCACUUGCUUGCGUUUGAUAAUCGUAACUGAUUAUGUUAUCUAAUUAUAAAGAUUAGUAUUAGUCAACGAUUAUAGGUGUAAACUCCAUUUCAUUGCAACUACAUCUACUUGUUCAAUUUUUUUUGAAGGGUUGACUCGGUAGGGACUUGCUAACUUUUUGAUUAAUUAGCACACAAACAAUAAAUCGGGGCGCAUUAACAAGUCUAAGAUCAAAAUAAUCUUCCAUUCAACACACUCAUUUUCUCUUCCAUAAUGAUAAUACUUUAUCCUUGAGUAAUUCAUAUUUUUAUGUUUAAAAUUUUAAGCUACGCACCAUAAAAUUAAUCUCCAAUAGAAGGUCUAUAGUUUUGCGAUUCAAUGAAGAAACUGAAAGAAGUGAUUAACAUAGUGAAAGACAAAGCUUCACAGAGCAAAGCUGCAAUUUUAUCCAAACGCAAAACUCUCUCUCUCCUUCGCGCCACAACCCACGACUCUUUCAACCCUCCAACACACAAACACCUCACCACCCUUCUUUUCACCGGAGACGGUUCACGCGCCACCGCAUCCACCGCCGUUGAGCUUCUCAUGGACCGACUCCAAACAACUCAUAACUCAGCGGUGGCUCUCAAAUGCUUAAUUGCCGUCCACCACAUCAUCAAACACGGCACCUUCAUCCUCCGUGACCAGCUCUCCGUUUACCCUUACACAGGUGGCAGAAACUACCUUAACCUCUCAAACUUCAUAGACAAAACAAGUCCUGUUUCUUGGGAACUAUCUUUUUGGGUUCGGUGGUUCGCACAAUACAUCGAACAUCUUCUAUGCGUUUCUAGAACACUCGGUUUUUUCUUAUGUGAAACGACGCCGUUUCACAAAACGCAACAGGAAAGAGUUUUGGGUUUUACCCAUAGUGAUCUGUUGAAAGAAACUGAAUCUUUAUUGGAUUUGAUGGAAGUGAUUGGAAAAAGACCAACUACUCCAUCUACGAGAGGACAGAAGAAUAAGGUGGUUGUUGAGAUAAUCGAAUUGGUGGAAAAUGAUGGGGUUGUGGCAAUGGGUGAAGUUUUGGUUAGAGUAAAGGAGUUUGGGGAAAGGGAGAGAUUGGGUUGUCUUGGUUUUGGAGAAGUGGUGGAAUUGGUUUAUGUUUUGAAGAGAUUGGAGAUGUGCAAAGGAAGAAUAACGAUGAUGGAUGUGGCGGAGGAAAAGAGAUUUUGGGAUUCAGUGAGAGAAUUGAAGGAAAAAGUUGGGAAGAUGAAGGUGUUCAGGGAAGAAGGUAAGGUUCACAGGACAGUGAGACAAGAGAGAGCAACUGAGUCUGAUCGGUUUGAUGGUAGAGUUGUUAGUUCCAUUCAAUUUCCUUCUUCAAGGUUCUUGUAGUAAUGUGAAAAUAGUACAAUUCAAUUACAUUUUCUCCCUAAUUAAUUCUCUCUUGAAAUUUUAACUAGGAAUUUACAUUGUGUGAGGGAUGAUUUUGGUUCAAACUUGUUGAAAAAUAUGGGAAUUGAUCCUUGUCUAAUUUCUAAUA